AUGCUUGCAGUUGAACGCCCUACGCAACCCAAGGCGGGCUCCGAGAGGCAUGACGACCAGUCUGACGAGAAGGUCGAGCAUACUGGGCCUGAUGCCAUACAGCCUCAUGUCCUCAUCGAUAGGCUUGUUCCGCAACAGCUGGGUCGAGGAGUACUUAUCCCGUUGAAGACGACGCUCGAAAUCCGUCAAGACCACACCAUUGUGCAGGCCUUGAUCACCCGAGCGCCAUCUACGUCCACUAACAAUGUCGUCAACUUGAUCCGCUCGAUGCUACCUGAAGGCGUGGCUAACAACUUGCCUCACCUGCGCCGAUGCGCGAAGCCUGCCGAUAUGCCGGCUCACCUCAAGACGCAGUUCAUGAACGACUCUCCCGAGGGCCGCCAGGUCCAUACCGGAAAGUCGACCUGGAUCUACAUCAUGCUCGGCGAAGAGAAAGACUUUGACCGAUACGACUUGAUGGCCAAGCUGUCUGCCAUUGAUGGCAUGGCCGAGAACGUCUUCCUCACCAAGAUUCCCAUUCCAGCAGUGCCUCCUACCUCCCAGAUACAGGCGGCCAUGUGGACGUCGCAGUUCUGGCCCACGGUGUACAGGAAGAACAACCCUCUCGGACCACACCCGAGCAUGGUCGGCCGCUCGACGGAAGCCAUCAGGGAUGAGACGUCUCUGUGGAUGACGCUGGCCCACCGAGUCGCUUUCCAGGCCAAGAAGGCGGGUGUCGGUGAGCCCAUGGGUGCUGUCAUCGUUCAGCGCGAGGGAGGAAAGUCCACGCUAGUUGCAGUUGCCGGAGAUGCUCGUUGGCACCAGGAGCCCAGUCGCAGCGGUACCGGCAACCCUAUGGGUCACUGCGCGCUCAGAGCUAUGAGCAUGGUCGCGCAGAAGCUUGUCCGACACGAGAGACGGGCAGCUGGGCGUUCUAACUUGCCCCCCAUCCUCGAGUACGACAUGUUCCAAGAUCUCCCGCUCGUCGAAGAUGAGCUCACCGUCUAUAAUGAUGACCAUCCCAAUGCGGAGGGCUAUCUGUGCCACGGUAUGGAGAUGUACUUGACCCACGAACCUUGCGUCCAGUGCUCAAUGGGAAUCCUCCAUUCGCGAAUGGGCAAAGUCGUCUUUGCGCAGCGGAUGCCGCUUACCGGGGGCAUGUGCUCGGAAGACCGAGGCCACGGCCACCCCGGAUUGGAGAAUUGUGGUGGCGGAGAGGGCCUUGGUCUCUUCUGGAGACGCGAGCUCAACUGGAGCUUGCUGGCGUGGGAGUGGGAAUCGAGCGACUGUGUGGAACCUUUGCCGCCGGUUGAUCACAGAGCCCAUGCUUAG